AUGAUACGAAGUUUACUAAUCUGCUCGUUAAUUUCCUUAUCCCUAUCAAGCACUCCUCAACAAUUUAUCACUGCACCAGACCUGGAAGCAACAGUAUUUUUUGAAGGCGAAUGCCCACCAGAAGGCUGCCCUGAAAAUAACGUAUGCAACUGUGAUGAAUCAAUGCUAGGCGACGGAAUAUGCCAAUGGGAAUGCGUAAAUUUUGCUUGCAACUGAGACCAUGGAGACUGCUGCGAAAAUUGGAUGCUAUAUAAUGAUUUUUGUGAUGCUGCUUGCUACCUUGAAAAAUUCAAAUGGGACCAAGGCGCUUGCAAAAAACCAUUAGGCAAGUGCAAAUGCUCUUGGAAUGAUAUCGGUAAUGGUUUCUGCAACUGGCAUUGCAGCGACCAUAUAGAAUGUCUCAUGGAAGGAGGUGACUGUUGCUUUUACUUUGAAGUGGGAGAUGGACGUUGUGAAGAGUACUGCUAUAACAUAGAAAAUAACUGGGAUGGAGGAGACUGUUUCAAGAACCCUCCAAAAGAUUGUCCUUGCUAUGAAAAAGGCUUGCUGGGGGAUGGAGUUUGUAACAAAGAAUGUGACACUGAAGAAUGCGUCCACGAUUUUGGGGACUGCUGUGACGAAAAACUAUUGGGAAAUGGAGUUUGUGAUGAAUCUUGUAACACUGAAGUUCUGGACUUUGAUGGAGGAGACUGCCUUAAUUAA